CCCCCUGGGCACCAUGAACACCAACGUGUGCGUGGAGACGGGGCCCAACCCCGAGGCGCCCGGGCUGCCCAAAGAGAACCACCUGCCCGACGGCGCCCUCAACAGCCUUGUGGAUUACAACUCGGAGAUGGAGAGGUACCGCUCCUUCGCCACCUUCUACAAGACCAACGGCGGCGCCUUCCCGCAGGCGGCCAAGAUCGCGCGCAUCACCACCCCCAUCUUCCCCAGCGCCGCCGCCGCCGCCGCCGCGCGGAUCGGCAUGUCUCCCUGGAACUGCGACACGGCCACGGCCGCCGCCGCCACCGCCAUGCUGUGGGGCAGCGGCGCGGGCGGCGGGGGCGCGGGCGUCGGCGGGCCCAACCCGGUGGCGGCCGCGGCCGGCGGCGUGGCCCGCAAAGCAGCGUCCUCGUCCGCCGCCGCUGCUGCAGCCGCCGCCGCCGCCGCUGCGGCCUCGUCAGUGGCCGCCGCCGCCGCGUCGUCGUCGUCCUCGCCCGCCUCUUCCCUGCACGCCGCCAGCAGAAGCGGCGGCGGCGGCGGCGGCAGCCUGCACCAUCGGAACGAGUCCCAGCGGCUGGGCAAGCCUGGCUGCGCGCCAGCCGAGCAGCCCUCGUUGCAAAUGGCAAAUAAUAAUUUCCUCUCCACCUUAGCCCCUGAACACUGCAGACCUUUGGCUGGGGAAUGCAUGAACAAGCUCAAAUGCGGCGCUGCUGAAGCAGAGAUAAUGAAUCUCCCCGAGCGCGUGGGGACUUUUUCCGCUAUCCCGGCUUUAGGGGGCAUCUCAUUACCUCCCGGGGUCAUCGUCAUGACAGCCCUGCACUCCCCCGCAGCAGCCUCAGCAGCCGUCACAGACAGUGCGUUUCAAAUUGCCAAUCUGGCAGACUGCCCGCAGAGCCAUUCCUCCUCCUCCUCGUCCUCCUCAGGAGGAGGAGGAGCCGGCAACCCUGCCAAGAAGAAGAGGAAAAGGUGCGGGGUCUGCGUGCCCUGCAAGAGGCUCAUCAACUGUGGCGUCUGCAGCAGUUGCAGGAACCGCAAAACGGGACACCAGAUCUGCAAAUUUAGGAAAUGUGAAGAGCUAAAGAAAAAACCUGGCACUUCGCUAGAGGUCAGAGGAGAUGAUUUCUUUCUUCCCAGCCUCCCGCCGUCCCUCGUGAACCCCCUCCCCCCACCUCUCCAGUGCUUCUUGUCUAGUUUCAAGAUGCAGCAUCCCUUUUCUGAAGCCUCCUUCAGGUUGUGAGGGGAGGAAGGGAAGCCCCCCUGCGCACACACAACACACACACACACACACACACGGCCCACACACGCACGCACCCUUUUGGGGUUGGGUUUGCUUCUCCGCCUCACUGCGCACACAACGUAGCCACACACAAACACACACAGAGACCCAUUGGUGGUUUGGACUUGUCUUGAACCCAGUUUUGAAAGGGAAGAGGUCUGGUAGGUCCCCUGGAAUAAUAAUAAUGAGAAUAAUAAUAAAGAAAACAUGUCAGGGGGACUUAGGAGUUUCCUCACUUUAGGAUGGUUUUGGUUUUUUUGGGGUGGAUUGCGUUUUCUAAGAGAGGGGGAAAUUCUUUAGCUUGAUGUUUGGAAAUGCACAGGCUGACAAAAUCUUUUAACAUCAGAGAGAAGGAUUUUUAAAAAUAAUAAUAUAAUAAUCCCAUUAUAUGAAGAUUUUUUAAAAAAACAAAAACUUCUACACAAGUUUAUUACACUAUAAAUUGAUCUGAACAAAUUCUGUAUAUUUUAACUGUUACUAUAAAAAGUUCUGUUUGGUGACAUGUAAACUAUUUUUUACUGAUGUGAAACCAAUGGUGAAGGGUGAAUCUUUUGAAAACCUGAAAUAUUUUUAAAUGCACAUGAAGCAUUUAUUUUCCUUUCUAACUUAAUGGUGGCUGUUAUGAGGGACGCUCCCCCCUUUUUGUCUGCUGUGUGGAGUUUGCUUUGUUUGGAGAUUAGGCCAGGGAACUUUCUUUUGUUUUGUUUUUAGUUGACCCCCAAUUUUUAUAAAUGUUAUAAGUUCAAAACAAAUUAAUUGCUAGAUAAUUUUUAGGGUGACUUUUUAGGGGUGACUUGGUGGUAAUUUGAUGCGAGAAAACCAUUGGUGGUAGAGGUAAAGGUGAAGGUGAAGUAUGCCAAGAUUAAUAUACUUUUGGCAAUGCAUCCUUACCAAAAAAUAAUCCUUUGUGGCAUAUUUUAUAAUCGGAUAAAGUACACCUAUGACUGAAGUUAUUACGUGUGAUUGAAAUGUAUAUACGUUUAUUUUUUAAAAUCUGUCCUCAGAAUUGACAAUGUAUUUGGUAUCACAGAGCUGUAAAGAUAGGUUUUCAAGAUUGGUAGACAUACAAACGACAGACGAGGGGAUGUUGUGGAAAUUUCAGUUCAUGUAUUUAGUCUAGCAGACAGCAAAAAAAAAUGUGUAAAAUGACUAAUAGUAUUAUUUUUAGAUGGAAGAAAACAAGAGGAAAGACUUGUAAUCAUAUUUAAACCCCUGUCAUUAUUAAAAUUAUAGUGUUGCUGGUUAGAUGAACAUAUCAGAUGAGACUGUGUUUGGUGGGGGAGAGCUUAUUUGGCACAGAAAAGUACAUUACUGGCUGAGAGAUGUAAAGUCACCAAAACUAGCCAUACAGUGAGAAUCACAAUUGUGAUUAAUAGGAGUUUUAUCUUAUAAAUGGAUGCAUUUUAUUGGUAUUAAUGUUACCACUAAGUUUAAGGUUUUCAUUAAAAAAAAUACUUGGGUGAUAUUAAAUUUCUUUUGCCCUUGAAAGAUUGAACUAUCCUUUUGGAAAGUUUAAUAACUCAUUCUUUCUAUAUUUCCUAUAGCUGCUUAUUGUGCAUAUAUGAUAACAAUAUCACACCAAUGCAACAACCUCUAUGGAUUAUAUUUCAGAUGGUAGAAAUCAGUUGUAUAUAGAUUUGCCUGUUAUUUUUGGUUGCGAAUGCACUCCUGUUUAUUUCAUAGAACAUUUCAAAGAAUGUAUAUUGUGAUUUUUACAAUAAACAGUAAAUGCUGGAU